UAGUCCAAAGUUUCGUCUCUACGUCUGGCUACGUCUGGCGAAUAGAAACCGUAGGAACCGUAGGAACAGUCGAGAGCGAGUCAGUGCCGUUCGGUAGGUAUACAUAGUGCGAUUGGAAGAACGUCGUUGACAGGUCUUUAGGACCUGCUGGACCGUAGUUAAACACGUCGUACCGAGAUCUCAUAGACGCGUGACAGCUGACGCAUUCACGACACGCCCACUGUAACGGUACGUUAUGGAUGACAUGCUAUUUCAGUUGCGAUUCAGCUGCAAACAGCUCGAACGACUCUCCAAAAAAGCCGAGAAAGAUGAGCGAUUGCAGAAAGCAAAGAUCAAGAAGGCCUUGCAACAGGGCAACGUCGAAGGUGCGCGAAUCUAUGCUGAGAACGCCAUCCGCAAGAAGAACGAAAGCAUCAAUUACCUGCGCAUGGCUUCCAAAGUAGACGCUGUGAGCUCCAAGAUCAAGAGUGCCAUGGCUAUGAAGCAGGUCACCAAGAACAUGGGUGGUGUGGUAAAAGCACUUGACAAGGCUAUCAACUCAAUGGACUUGCAGAAGGUAUCAGCUGUCAUGGAGAAGUUUGAGCAGCAGUUUGAGGAUCUGGAUGUUCGAAGUUCAGUGCUGGAAGACGCUAUGGGCACAGCCACAACUACAACUGCACCUACAGCCCAGGUAGAUCAGCUGAUCCAGCAGGUUGCGGAAGAGAGUGGCCUCGAAAUGAUCGACCAGCUCAACCAGGCAGGCGUAACACCAGCUGAUACCAUUGCUGCUUCCACAGGUCGCUCAAAGGCCGCUGAGGAUGCCCUCACCCGACGCCUCGCAGCUCUACGUGACUGAUGGCCACUGCAAGUGUGGCUUCUGUGGCCACCUAGAAUUCUCUCAGUGGAGCAAGGUGAAGACAUUCAGGUUGUCCACUCAUUCAGUUCUGCAUGCUGUGCUUUGUGCAGUGUAGCAAGCCUGCAAUGCUACUAUAUGGCCACCAAUGCAACAAAACAGAAGAGCAUAUUAAAGCAAUUUAUGAUUUUGUAA